AUGCACUUCUCCGCCUUCUUUGUCGGCCUCAGCGCUUUGGUGAUCACUUCUCUGGCCAUACCUGCACCCGAAACAACUGCAGAAGUACUACCAGUGCCAGCGACGAUGGCAGUCGCCGCCGAGAUACCCUAUCAAACUGCCGGCCCAUUUGCGGGUGUCUUGCCCCCAAACUUUGCUAAGGUAUGGGUUUACACUGGCCUCGAAUGCGGAAUCAGAGACGGCCCUUCCUACAGCAUGAAUUUUAUCUCUGGUCAAGAUCGCUGCAUCCCAUUUCGGAACGUCGGAUCCAUAAUCGCGUGGUACAAAUCUUCAAUCGGUAAAUGCAAGGUCACGACUCACAGUGGAAGUAACUGCAGAGGCGUCGAAUGGAAGCCCAAGAACAAAGAGUGCGUUCGUGGAUUGUUCGCUUCAGUCAGGGUUUCGUGCCCAAAGUUUCAUGGGCGAUAG